AUAGUGGAUACGGCCGUGGUUAGUUUUCAAAUAGUUGAACGGCCUAGACGAACUGACAUGCGUACCGAUGAAGAAAACCCACGUCUUUCGUUAUGAGAUCCACAAGUGAACGUUCAUCGGAAAUGGUAUUUACACCCACUUUUUUCACUUUCUGCUUUGUUCGCUCAGACAAUGGAAGGCACUCGAUGAAUAUACGACUAGACUAGAUAUAUGUUCCAGUUUUAAAUCGAGUUUCUUUUGAUUCGUGCUGGUCUGUUUCCUCCUUACACCUGCUCGAUGCAUUCAGAAAGCGACUCGGUAAACAUUUAUCUAGUAUAACCUUGGACAUUUUUCUCUUCACCGAUUUCGCUAUGAUGGCUAAGUGAUAACACCAGAUUGAGCUAUCGAAAAUGGGACUUAAUAACUGUGGAAACUUCCUCAAGUAUUCUAUUUUCCUAUUCAAUGCGAUAAUUUUGAUUGCUGGAUGUGGACUUCUAGGUCUCGGCAUCUACACAAGAACAAGCCAGACCGGACUAUCUCGUGUGUUGGCUAUCCUUGGCAGCCACCUGUACUCCACCCUGUCUAUCGUUGUGGUUGUAACUGGCUGUAUAGUCAUUCUAUUAUCAUUCUUGGGAUGUUGUGGAGCUAUUAAGGAAGUACGGUGUAUGCUGGCUACGUUCUUCGCCUUGCUGAUGAUCAUAUUCUUUGGUCUCAUAAUUGGAGGAAUUCUUAUUUAUGCAUACAGGGAUGUGAUUGGCCAACAGACGGUUGACGGACUAUACCGGUCGUUAAACACAUCGUACGGAAUGCCGGGCCAGGAGAAAAUAACAGACGCCUGGGAUUUCAUGCAGAAAAUAUUUAGUUGCUGUGGUGUAGUUGGUGGCGUCAAUUCAACGACAUCCUGGGCCUAUUACAAAGAAUAUAGCCAAUGGUUUAAAAAUCAAACAGGGAUACGACGCUAUGUACCAGACAGUUGUUGUAGAAAUCAAAUGGCUGACAACCUAACAAUGUGUACUGGUAUGGCGCUUCAGAAUAUCGCACCAGUUAAAGGACCCCCGGUGACUGUUACUACGCUGAAUGACGAAUUGUUUAUGGAGGGUUGCUACUCGGUCAUUUUCACAUUCCUAGCAGACAAUGUGCAAAUAAUUGGUGGAAUUGCAGUCGGUGUGGCCGCGGCUAUGGUUCUGGGAAUGACGUUUUCGAUGUGUCUCUGCCGAAAAAUAAAGGACGAUUACUACUUCGACUAAUGGAUGGUCGACUCCAUCACGGAAAUAGUCCAGAUAUUUCAAUGACUGCGACUGAGACAAAACAUCCUCCUGUCUUACUAGCGAUUCUCAUCAAUACUUCACGAAACUGUUUAAAUUAUUUGGGAACAAGUAUGAUGUAUUCUGAAAAUGAUUCGUGUGAUAUGUAUUAAUGUUGUUGUUUUUGUUGGGGGUUUUGUGUGGGUGUGAACGGUAUGGUACUGAUAUAACAACAGACAUAAUAUGAAAGGAUUGUACAAUCAAAAUAUCAAAUCCAAAUAUAGUUUAAUUGUUGUAUUAUUUUGUUAACGUCAAGAUUAUAUCUCUUGAAUUCAAUUAAUAAAUAAUUACAUUAAACAACAAUAACAAAGUCCAUAGUGGGUUAGAUGUUGUUAUUUGAACUUCAACAUGGAUGGUUAUAAUAAACAUUACACAAAUGAACAUACGACCUAAAUCUUGCAUCGACUCGUGGAACUCGUGCAAUAAUGACCAGUCUUUGUUUACACAGAGUGAAACCCCUCAAACCAGACGUUUUUACAGUCAUUUUCAAAUAGCAGUACAGAAUCUCUCCAAAUUGGACAAAACUUUUAACUGGACUUUUUACCUGGUCCCAUGGGUGUCCGAUUUGGAGGAGGUUCACCAAUAUAUAUAUAACGACAGAUACAUACAGUGAAUUUCAUUAAAACCAAACCCUCUAUAAAUUGGACAUUUUUCAUUGUCCCUUUGUAAACGUGUAGAAAAGCUAGCUCCUCUUUAAAACAGAUACUACUUUCAAGUGGACUUUUCACUUGGUCCCGUGGGUGUCCAGUUUAGAGGAGUUUCACUUUAUGUAUAUACUGAGUUUGAUACAUGAUCACCUCUUCAUUACUGUAUAUAUGUCAUCGUUGUUAAAAGCUUAGCAAUAAAGUACAUGGUGCACCUGGG